GAUAAAUAAUAGAGAUUUGAUUAAUAGAUUUGUAAAUUUAAAGGAUUUUUUUGUUAAGGAAUUAUAAUUAUUAAGCACAAUUCGUUAUUGUGAUCAAAAUAACAAUAAUUUUAUAUUGAAUAAUGACAGAAGAAUGGACAACAAAACAGAUUGAUAAAUACAUAAUAGUGAAUAAAAAGUUAGGUAGUGGAGCAUUUGGAACAGUGUAUAGAGGAUUUAAAAAAAAUGAUGAAACAAAGCAGGUAGCUGUAAAAGCAAUAUCGAUUGCUGUAAGAUAUUAAGAAUAAUGAUUUUAGAGUAUAAAAGACUCAGCAAAGAUGGUGGAACAUAUAAAAAGAGAGAUAUCAAUAUUAUAAUAGGCAAAUAAUGCUCAUAUAGUAAAAUUGUUUGAUGUUGCAAGAACACCACACUAUUUAUACUUGUUUUUAGAAUAUUGUCAUGAUGGUGAUUUGAAAAAAUACUUAUCGACAAAAUAUGGGAGGAGAUUAAGUGAAGUAAGAUGAUUUAAAUAUAUAUUUUAAUUUUAUAGGUUGAGGCUGUAAUCUUUUUAAAGCAUUUAGUUGAAGGAUUUAAAACACUUUAUUAACUAAAAAUAAUACAUAGAGAUAUUAAACCUGCAAAUAUUUUAUUACAUCAUGGAGUAGCUAAAAUUACUGAUUUUGGAUUUGCUAGAGUGAUUGAUACUGGAAUGAAUGGUAAAUUAACAAAUUAAAUAAAUAGAUCCUGCAUAUUUUUCAAGAGUAGGAUCUCCUUUAUAUAUGGCACCAUAAAUAUUAGAAGGAUAACCGUUUUCUUCUAAAUGUGAUGUAUGGUCUAUGGGAGUAAUGUUAUUUGAAAUGUUAUAUGGUAAACCACCUUGGGAUGGAGACAAUUAAUAUAAUUUACUUUAAAAUAUUAAGAAAACUGUAUUAGUUAUACCAGAAGCACCUGUUAGAAGUGAAAAAAUUAAAUAAUUAUUGAAACAUAUGUUAGUAGUAUAAGAAAAAGUAACUAUAUAUCUAUUUAUAAUUUUAGGAUAGAUAUUCAUGGGAAUAAAUUUUCAAUCAUGAAAUUAUUUAGAUUUAAGAAGCUUAGAUUAAAAAUAACUUAGAACAAUUAAUGAAAGAAAAAGAUGAAUUAUCACGUUCAGAAAGUCUUAAUAAAUUAUAUUUUGAAAUGAACUUAGUUGUUGGAUAUUUAGAUUAAAUGGAAUAAAUUGUCUAAGAACCAUCUACUCCACAGUCAACUUAAGGAAAUGAAGAUAAAUAAUCAUCAGAUGAUAUAAAUCAUGAAAAAGUAUCUAAUUUCUUUAUUAAAGGGAUUAUAAAUUAUUAAUCAAUAUGAUACUGAAUAAAAAAGAAGAAAAGCUAUGUUAAAGUAUAACACUUAUUUUUUGUUUGAAAGAAAUAUUGCUUUCUUCUUUAAUUAUGUUAUCUAAAAAAUUAUUAAAAUGUCACAUUAAGCAAUACUAAAGUUGGCAUAAGAAUUAUACUAUUCAACAAUCUUUUGUAUCUCCAAAAAUUAAAAUGUUCAUCUUAAAAGAAUGUAUGACUAAUUAAUGUCUACCAAUCCCGAUAAAUUUGACAGAGAAACUUGGGGUAGAUACUUAAUAAGUUAAGAAUAUAAAAAGAUAUUGACUGUUACUAAAAAUGAUAUUAAGCAUACUGAAGAUUUCUAUUUAGAGAUCUAUAAAAAAGAAAAAUAAAUUAUUGAUAAAGAACUUUCUUAAUCUGAAAACAAAAGAGCAUCUAAAAUUAAGUAAGUUUUGGAUGUAAAUUUCGAUCAAAAUAAUUUUUUUCAAACACUUUAUUAAUAAGUAGUCCAAGAAAGUUUAGAUAUUAUUAAAAAUUAAAUUAAAUAAACCAAGGAUUCUGAUCCUGUUUAUAAAGAUUUACUUUAAUUGGGAUGGUUUUUUGUAAUCUGCUUGAAUCCAUAUUUGGAAUUUAAAGAUAUUAAUAUGGAUUUCAAUCAAUUUUAUGAGGAAAUGUAAACACUAACAGAAACAUAGUUGUUAGAAAAAAUUGGAAAACGUUUAGAUUUAUGA